CUCCUUCAUCAGCCUCCCCAGUCCCUCACAUCCUGCCGCCAAUGCCUCCCAAAUUGCGCGGCUCCUUAUCAAGGAGCCUACGGCGUGUCCAGGGUAGCUCAUCGGACCUCCCCUGCCCGUCCUGCGCAACCUUUAGACGAGCGCUCUCUACGCGUCGGUCCGCCAACAUCUCCGACGGAAAUCGCCAGUCGUCGUGGGCAGCUUCGCCUCGUCCCUCAACUACGCCUACCGUGAUCCAUUCCGGCAGACAGGUGCCACCUCGAUUGAGAGAGCUGUACGAGGCUCUGAACCAGGUGAAGAAUGUUGCGACGGAACAGGUCAACCUGAGUCGAUUGCAACUUGCGUUGCGGGGGUUGGAAUCGGAGGUGCCUCUUAUUCGAGUUGCCGUGCUGGGUUUGGAUGACGCCAGCUCUGCGCGCCGGCUGGUUCGCCUGUUACUGGCCGAUCCGCUGAAUCCUAGAGAGAACUGGGAGGAUGCGCUCGAUGCCUACGAAGCAGAUACAUCGCGGGGGCUACUAAUCCGAUACGGCGAAGUAUCCGAGUCCAUUCCGAACAACCUCCUCCCCACCAUCUCGGUCCCCUCCUCGAUCCUCAAGCAAGGCAAUCUCGAAAUUCUGGUCUCGAGCCUCGGCGCGGAUACAGAACUGCCCGGCACCCGGUUCACGGCGGAAACGUUCUUGGUGCCCACGGUGACCAUCCAGACCUCGCACUCCGGUCGCCACAACGUGGUGCGAUACCCCGUGCAUAGAGCCAUCGUGUGUGGCCGCGGCGUGGACGGCUUGCUUGCGUAUAGCAAUCUGGUCGCUCGUUCGGACCUCAAGAAGGAAACUGGCUCCGUUUACGGCGCGAUCGAGCUGGCGGCCAGCGAUCCUAAGAAGCAUAACGAUCGCGUCGCCUUCGUGGACAUCGACCAGGCAGAAGAUGCGCUGGGGAAAUUCCGUGAAUCUGUACAGAACGCCUCGCUUUAUGAACGGGGCUGGAACGGUAGCGGGGUGCAGCCGGUCGUGGACUGGCUGGCGGCCUUGCGAGCGGAUAAAGAUAUUCUAGAUCCCUCCUUGAGGUCGCUGAUCACCUCCCUUGUCGAUGCCGCAGAGACGGGUGUGGAUGCACAACAAGCGAUAAGAGCCCAGCAGCAGCAAGAAGAGUCGGUUUCGGAUCUGGUGCGAGGGACAAUGGAUCGCUCGGUGACCGAGUGGGCCGAAAACGCCCACUCUGAGCUGCGGAGUUCGCUGGAAGAGGGGUUCGCCAGCAAGCAAUGGAGAGAUCUUGCGUGGUGGAAACUUUUCUGGCACGUCGACGACGUCGGAAUGAUCACGUCGGAGAUUUUGGAGAAAAACUACCUGCGUCGUGCAGAGAAGGAGGUCAUCUGGACCGCGGGCAAAUUCCAGCAGGCCGGCCUGCUCGAUGCACCCCAGCAGGAGACGAAUGAUGUCCCUGCACCCAAACCAGACACAGAAAUCUCGAAGGAUGCAUCUCCUGUCAGCACAGCCGACGCCCAAUCUCCUCCCACGAGCGACGUGCCCUGGCCCACGCAGAUCACCACCAGCCGGAACCAGCUGCUGGACACCAAGGUGCCUUCUCUACAGGCGAUGGCACAGGGACUGGUGGCUUUCAGCAUCACAACCACGUCGCUGACCUCGGUCCUCUCGGCGCUGACCUACGUCUCCUUUCCAUCUACUUCGAUCUACGAAACCUGCACCGUGGCCGCGGUCGGAUUGAUCUACUCUCUCCGACGGCAGCAGCGCAAGUGGGACUGGGCCCGAACAUUCUGGGAGAACGAAGUCCGCGAGGACGGCCGGACAGCCCUGCGGGAGACAGAGGAAGAACUGCGCACCCUGGUGCAAGAAGGCGGAAGACGCAUCGACGAAGCGUCCGAGACCCAAGCCCGCGAAACCGUCGAGCGGGCCCGCAAAGCCCUCGAGGAUGUGAAAUAACCAAACUCCCACCAUAGAUCGGAGCGUUAGACCAUGCCAUGUGUACUGUACAAUAUACCACC